AUGUUUGGAGGACAUCAAGAAAUAAUAAAUAUCGAAGGAACUUCAACUCAGGAAGGAGAACCUUCUUCGGCUGGGAUGAGACUUAGGGAAAAAAAUAAAGUCUGUUAUAUCGAAAGCCCAACAGUGACGGAUUCCUCUGGUUCGGAAUACCAAGAUAAACCUAAGAAGGCAACUUAUACAGUUCCCAGUCAAGUAUUCCACGACAAACACCGGAUUUGUACAGACAGUGAUGACAUAGUCGAGCAGAUGCAGAUGUUAGAGGAGGAUUUUAAAAAGUUCACAAAGGCAUUCCAAAAACUUGAAAAUACAAAAAAAUGUGUAUUAACAUCUGGGAAGGUUGUUGAAGAUGAGUUAUACAAGUUUGGCAUGAGAUGCAAUUAUGAACAGUAA